AUGGUGGCUGCGAAGAUAUCGAUGAGAAACGUUCUCUUUGUGGUUCUUUCCCUGUGCCAUUCAGUGUUUUCAAUAACCCCCAUUUGUCGUCCUCCGUUGUAUGCGAGUCCGCAGAGGCCAUUACUUGCAUCUCACUGGGGGACCACCAACCUGGCCGGGCCUCAGGUCCAACUGGCUCAAGGCCUCGUUACAGGCGUCACUCAGAACUUCACUAUAGGUACCACUCAAAUUGGCCAGGAUUAUUUCCUGGGUAUCCCCUAUGCUCAGCCUCCAUUGGGAGAGCUGAGGUUUGCGAAACCACAACCACUUAAUGCGGAUCCGAGCCACGAGAUAGAUGCCACGAAAUACGGAAAAACAUGUUUGCAACCGAUCAUCCCAGGCAUCACGUCGGGCAACCUAACAUUGUCUGACUUGUCGGAGGAUUGUCUUUCUAUCAAUGUCAUUCGACCCUCAAAUCAAGACAAGAGUCUUCCCGUGAUGGUUUGGAUUUAUGGAGGAGCUUUUACUGUCGGCGCGUCGCAAGCAUACAAUGCCUCGGCGAUCAUCGGGCUGAGCGUUGUCCUGAACGAGCCAGUCAUCUUCGUCUCCUUCAAUUACCGUAUGAAUGCUUUUGGCUUUCUUGGUGCUCCUGAACUGGCCGAUCCUUCCAUCGGAACACUCAACGCUGGCUUACACGAUAUGAUUGCCGCAUUGGAAUGGGUGCAGGAAAAUAUUGGCGCUUUUGGAGGAAAUAAGGAUCGAGUAACAGUGUUUGGUCAAUCGGCAGGUGCGAUGGGGAUUGGGUCUCUCCUUGUCGCUGGAGGCGGGGAUUAUGUAAAACAGCACAACUUAUUCCAGGGUGCUAUUAUGCAGAGCGGAGGUCCAGCAGGUGUCCCUACUCCCAGCCCUAAUGCAUCCGAUCUCUUACGCUGGACAAAUACCUUCGCUGAGGUAGCAGGUUGUCCCUCCUCCGGAUCCAACUCUUCGAUCAUAUCAUGCCUUCGUUCAAAACCCUCUGAACUACUUUUCCUAGCUUCUUUCGUCGUAGUGUAUUUUACUGUGGAGACCGGCGCGCUCACUGUGCUCCCUUUCACCCGAGUGAUGGAUGGUUUUUUCUUCGAGGAAGGUGCAGCAGAAGAAGUUAGAAGGGGUAAUGUAGCAACUGUACCUAUCAUUACGGGGUGCACUCUCGACGAAGGGACGGUAUUCGCUCCCCACUCACUCAAUUCUUCGGAAGAAAUGAAGACUUAUUUGCAAGGACUGCUUUAUGCCACUGACCCGACGCCAGAACAAGCAGAGCUCCUCGACAACCUUUUGAAGUUAUACCCUGAUGAUCCCACGAUUGGGAGUCCCUAUGAUCCAGUCGGGGUGAGCAAGGACGACCGAUUCUUUGGGCCGUACAAUCAAUACAAGAGAGCUGCAAGUAUAUAUGGGGAUUCUGUCUUUCACAGUGGUCGACGCGCUUUGCUGGAUGCGUAUGUCAAGGGCAGUGAUGCGUCCUAUCCGGCAUGGACGUACCAUUACAUCCAAGUGACUCCAGGUGAAAAACCAUAUUUGGGUGUCCCCCACUCAAGUGAGCUUCCGGCGGUAUUUGGCUGGUACGCUAUCCAGGAUCUAGCCUCCGGGACGUCAAGGGAUAUAGGCAGGACCUCGUGGCACAUGGUCAAGGCCUGGCUCGCCUUUGCGAAUUCCUUUGACCCUAACCGUUCAGAUUUGCCCAAUUGGCCCAAGUACGGAGAGCAACGCCAGAUGCUAGAAAUAAAGAAUGGGACCUCAGGUUCCAGCGUCAUCAUAGACGAUUUCCGGAAGGAUGGAAUAGAAUUUUUGGGGAGUAAGGAAUGGACGGACGCGUUCAACUUCUAG